GAUUUCAGUCCGCGUCGUUCAAUGAUUCUAUAUUUUCUGGUAAUUUUCAGUCGUUUUUUGGUCUGUUAAAGAGAAUGGAGGCGUUCAGGGAUGCAAUUCGCAGCGUCAUGAGCGGGUCGUCUGACGACCAACAGUUAGACUGCGUGCUAAUGGCUUCCGUCCAGAAGCAGCUGACUGAAGUCGCAGACGCUGUAGCCUCAGUUUGGCCACUGGCUGCUCUGUCGGAUCCAGAGAGACGUGAGUGUGCCAAGACUUCGGCUGUGAAACAAUUUCUGGCGAAAAGCAUUGUUUACGAUGACGUUCGCAACUCUAUCGAGGCAGACGCUUACUUCGUGAUGGAAGGACGGUGUACUUGUCUGCAGCGACUAMGGGUCCGUAAGACGACAGAGUAUGGCCGCAACUAUUUCACGCUGAUCCGUGACCAUGACAGAAACAGCCAAUCAAAUUUGGACUUAAAUAAAAACGUACAGACAGUUUACGUGAAAAUGACUGAUCUACGUCCAGGUUCGGUUUUCGGCCUGGGCGAAAGGUGUUCAGGGCGAAUAGUGAUAGCUACCACCGACGUCAAGUGUUUGCUGGUCCCGUUGGCGUUCCUCGCCAAGCACAACACGUCCAACAUUUGGGGUCGGACUGUAUGCUCUCUGAACGGUACCAACCCGACGGCUGAACAGUCGUUCCGGAAGUUUGUCGUGGAAAACAGAUGGGCAGAGUACAAGAAGUCGUUAGCAGACGACUUGUUCCGGAAACGCCGACCAUAG